GUCAUGUAUUCCUGCAUUCUUUAAGACUGUUAAUUACAAUGUUAAGACUCCAAAAGAGUCAUUUUGUUGUUGUUUGUUUUUUGAUAUUAUUUAUAGGAAAACUCAGUGAGUGUGUUGUAUUUAGAAAUGAAACAUCUUCGAUACUUUCAAUUGUUAAAAGGAAUAUCCAAUCGGAUCUUCCCAUAAUAAGAGAAUUUCUAGUUACCACAAGAGUAUCUAACCAUUUUGCUGAAACUAGUGUUACGAGCUAUGUGGAAAACCCAGGCAAUUAUGCAAAGCAAACAGCUUUUUCCGUGGUUCUACCAGAUAAAGCUUUUAUUUCAGGGUUUUCUAUGGAAAUCGAAGGGAAAGAAUAUAAGGCCUUUGUGAAAGAAAAGGAUUUAGCUAGUAAUAUUUUUGAUAAGUCUGCAACAGCAGGACAGUCUGCUGGACAUGUUGCUGUGAGCAUGAAAAAUUCAAACAGAUUCACUGUAACGGUCAACAUAGCACCCCUAAGCAAGAUCCUCUUUAAAUUACAAUAUGAAGAACUAUUACACAGAGAAAAUGGGCAGUACGAAAUCAUUACCAAUAUUCAACCUGGCCAAAUUGUUAAAAAGUUAAAAGUCAGAGUAAUAAUCAGGGAAAGUCAACCCUUACUUUUCGUGAACGCACCUUAUCUUCAAUCCGGUAGUUCAACGAAAAACCUCGCACAAUCUACGGCAGAUCCUCACUCUCGUUUCUUUAAAAAUAAGGAAGGUACUGGAGCUGUGGUAAUCUUUGAACCAGAUAUUCAAAGACAAGUUGAGUUUGCAUGCAGUGGAUUUGGAAAUAAAGAGUACAAUGGGUUUGCUGGACAGUUUAUUGUAAAUUAUGAUGUUCAAAGGACGAAUGAAGGCGGAGAAGUACUCUAUCAGGAUAACUUCUUUUUUAUUUCCUUUGCACCACAAACCUUAGACCCCAUCCCCAAACAUAUGGUUUUUAUACUUGACACCAGUGGAAGUAUGUACGGUUUUAAAAUGGAGCAGCUUAAGGAUGCGAUGUUAAAGAUUUUACCGCAGUUAAAUGAAGAAGAUGUCGUUACUAUCAUUCAAUUUGAAUCGUACGUUUACGAUUGGGAUAUAUACAAAGGUAGAAAAGAUGUGUUUAAUUCCAUGGACCCAGAACACUUACCUUACGGAAGCUUGGCUAGUCAGUUUUCGUCGUAUACUCCUUCAAUAAUUCAAGCCACCAAGCAAAAUGUUGAAGCAAUGAAGAAUGCCAUUGAUGGAUUAUAUGCUUCCGGUGGUACUAAUAGUAUAGGAGGUUUAGAAGUUGGACUACUAGCUGUCUCAAAGACUCAACAACGUUACCCAAAUAUAUAUUUGCCCAUUGUUGUCUUCCUGACAGACGGAUUGCCAAAUGGUGGGAGUUCCGAUACAAAUUACAUCAAUCAAGUGAUUACAAACGUAAAUAAAGCUGGUUACAAUACUCCAAUAUAUUCCCUGUCUUUUGGGGAAGAGCCAGAUGUAGACCGAAUCUUUCUACAAAAAUUAAGUGGACUUAACAACGGUGAAGAACAUAAAAUUUCUAUCGAUUUGGAUUCAUCAAAAUAUAUUCAAAGUUUCUACAAAUCUAUUUCAGUCCCUUUGUUAAGUAACGUCGCUGUCAAUAAUUUACCCCCAUCAAAUCAAGUUACACAAAUUAAAUUUCCAAUAUUUUUUAAAGGAUCGGAAUUGAUGAUUGUUGGAAAGGGAUCUAGUGUCAGCACUGUGCCAGUAAAAAUUUCAGCUAAGGGCAAAAAAGGUCCCAUUGACUAUGAAGCAAAGACUGGUAUUCCUUUGGUAAAAUUGGAAAGAGUUUGGGCGUAUUUAACAGUAAAACAAUUAGCGGAUCAAUAUCGUGUAACAGGAGAUACUACGCUUGCCAAAAUUGGCAUAGAAAUAGCUAAGAAUCAUUCCCUGGUAACCGAUUUUACUUCCUUGGUUGUAGUCAAACCAGAUCAGCCUGGACCUGGUAACCCUGUGAAAAUUGUGGAUGCUUACACUGGAAUAUUUCCCUCAACACCCAGUGAGUUACCAAUGUGCAGCGACAUACAAAAUUACGUUCAACAAUUUAUCUCAACAUAUCCAAAUCCAACUACAACAUAUAGUUCUGCAGAAAUAGAUGAUUUACUUGCUGGCGGUAAAGCUAAAAUUACUAUCACAAAACCAGUACUCACAACUACUAUUACAACACCAGCAACUACCAGUAGUACUACUAUGAAACCAGUAACCACCAGUACCACCACUACUACCACAAAACCAGUACCCACCAGUACUACUACCACAAAACCAGUAACUACCAUUACCACCACUACUACUACCAGAAAACCAGUAACUACAACACCAACAACCACCAGUACUACUACUACAAAACCAGUAACCACCACUACCACCACCACUACUACUACUACGAAACCAGUAACCACCAGUACAACCACUACUACUACCACACAACCAGUAAUCACCAGUACCACUACAACUACCACAAAACCAGUAAUCACCAGUACCGCCACUACUACUACCACAAAACCAGUAAUCACCAGUACCACCACUACUACUACCCUAAAACCAGUAACCACCAGUACCACCACUACCACUACUACAAAACCAGUAACUACCACUAAGACUACGACCAUCCCCACUAAAACAACUACUCCAAAGCUUACCUGUAAGAUAUCCAAAUAUGGUUGCUGCCACGAUGGUGUAGAGUUUGCCGUUGGACCUAAUUUUGACGGAUGUGACCCUAUUCCUAAACCUGAAAAUUGUGAUUUACCUCCAGAUUAUGGAAAGCCUUACAAUUACUACGGUAAAUGGCAUUACAGAACUGAUAAACAUCAAUGUAUAAAGUUCAAAUAUGGUGGAUCUGGCGGAAACGAUAACAGAUUUGCAAAUAAACAAAUAUGUGAAGAGACUUGCAUUUAUCCAAAAGCUACAGAAAUAUGCAAACUUCCAAUAGACUUAGGUUCGUGCUAUAGAAUGCAACUCAAGUGGUUUUAUGAUAAAACCACAAAGACAUGCAUAAAACGUCAGUAUGGAGGUUGUCUUGGUAAUAACAAUAGAUUUCAAACGAAGGAAGAUUGUUUAAAAGUGUGCGACAUCGAGUUGCAUAUAAAAAUGUUAAAAGAUGCAUGUUUUCUACCUCUAGAUAAAGGACAUUGCCAAAAAUGGGAAGUUAAUUAUUUUUUUGAUGUAACUACGGGAUCAUGCCAAACAUUUUGGUACGCGGGAUGUGGAGGAAAUGAUAAUCGAUUUAAAUCUAAAGAUUUAUGUGAAAAUUUAUGUAUUCGUUCCAAACUUGAAGACAAGUGUUUAGCCCGACCUGAAAAAGGAAAAUGUACUAAAUUGCGACAAUCUUGGUUUUAUGAUCCAAUGAAUGCCGAUUGUCAGCCUUUCGUGUAUGGAGGAUGUGGAGGCAACGAAAACAAUUUUGGUUCCAAAGAAAAGUGCGAGAAAGCGUGUAUUAAAUAGAGUUAAAUUAAAUCCAAAAUCCCAUUGAAUUUCCCAACACACAUCGAUUCCCUUCUGGUUAUGGGUUCGUAUUCUACUCGGAUGGCUGAUGAAGCCGAGAGGCAAAAACAUUCAUGUAUCAUCCUAUUGAAUACCAAUUCAUAAUCAGAAGGAAAACUAUGUGUGCUGCUAGUACCAUUUAUUUAUUUAUGUAUUUGGUAUUUUACAUCACAUCGUAGGCAGCGCUCUCUGUUGAAGCCAAAAUGCGUGAAUAUUAUUUUUACUUGUGAGUAUAUAUAUAUAUAUAUAUAUAUAUAUAUAUAUAU